AAGUCCAGCAGCCUCUCCCGGAGCACUUUCGGCAGUUGCGGGGAUGGCGAUGACCGACGUGCUCAAAGCGGACGACAUCAAGAAGGCGGUGGGAGCCUUUGCAGCUGCUGACUCUUUUAACCACAAGAAGUUCUUUGAAAUGGUGGGACUUAAAAAACUCAGCAAAGGAGAUGUGGAGAAAGUUUUCCACAUUCUGGACAAAGAUCGAAGUGGCUUUAUUGAAGAGGAUGAACUCAAGUUUGUAUUGAAGGGCUUUGCUGCUGAAGGCAGAGACUUAUCUGAUAAAGAAACGAAGGCAUUCUUGGCUGCUGGAGAUAAAGAUGGAGAUGGCAAAAUCGGCGUUGAUGAAUUCACAACCUUGGUGGCUGAAUCAUAAAGGCUUUGGCCAAUCUGCACCCUUCACCCACUCUUCGCCGCCUGAUUUCAACUGUUCUCUGCUGACCUCCAUAGUUCCUCUUCUGUUUAUUUAUGUUGUUUUAUACUCCAACUCUGUUCUCUGCAGCCCUGUAACACUGUAACUGUGCUGAAAGAUGCUCUUAAAAUAAUAAAGGUCACAUCAAUCGGG